AUGCUCCGCUCUUUCCUCACUUUCUCGCGCAACAUGUCUAGAUCGGAGCAGGAGUGGCGUGCCAUAUUGAGUCCACAGCAAUUUAAGGUCCUCCGCCAACUGGGUACAGAGGCUCCCUUUUCCGGCGAGUAUGUUUCAACUCCAGCAGGGCCAGGCAUAUAUGAAUGUGUAGCAUGCCAUCAGCCUCUAUACAAGGGCUCCACCAAGUUCCUGGCACAUUGUGGCUGGCCAGCGUUUUAUGAGGCUAUUCCUGGGUCUCUUAAAACCAUCGAAGACCGUCUGUUGGGUAUGGUCCGAACUGAAAUGAGAUGCUCAAAGUGCGACAGUCACUUGGGCCACAUUUUCAAGGGCGAGGGCUACAACACGCCAACAGAUGAGAGGCACUGUGUUAACAGUAUCUGCUUGAAGUAUAAACCGGAGGAAAAAUCAGACUAA